CCUCCCCGAGCUGAUGCAGGCGGUGACGGGGUGGGCUCUGCCUUCCCCUCCCACCGCCGCAGUGCCUGGCACACACCCCGCUUUCUCCCUGCCGGAGGGAUAUAUAAUACAAGGGAAAAAGAUACUGGAGAGAGAGAAAAGGCAGGGAAGGGAACGGGAGGAAAAAAAAACAGGGAAAAAAAAUCCUGCUGACAUCAUCUGGGAUGACGGGGCUGAUCCGGCCGCCGGCCCCCCCGCCCGAGCCCCACUAAUGCUCCGCUCCUGCCGGCGCAGCCGCCUUCGUCCAGCCCGAGCCAAAGGUGGCUGAGCUGGGUGGGCAGGCGGCCGCCCGGGCCGGCCGCCCGGGCUCUGGCAUCACCAUGCCCGUAGAAUCGGUGAAAACCCAAGGGCUGGGGGGAUUGGAGAAGGAAAACGGAAUGCCGGAGGGAUCGGUGGCAGCCCCCCCGCCGGCCCCAGGCCCGCCACCGAUGCCCACCAAGGAGGAGGCUCGCCCGCAGCCCGAGGGGGCCAGCUGCGACCCCGGCCCCCCUGCUGCUGCCCCCCCCGGCGAGUCCUGCCGGCCCCCCUUGCCCACAGACCCCUUGGACACCCGCAUCGUCAUGGGGGAGGAGACGCACUCCCCCACCGACCCCGAGCUCCGGGGGGGGGGCCCCCUGCCUGCUGUGCCUUGCCCCUUCCCUGCGCCCACCAAAGAUCCCCCCCAGCGCCAAGUGGCUGAGCCCCCCUCCGGGAGAACCCCAGCUGCUGCCGCCAUGGACCCCGACCUCUUCUUCACGGCCCCCUCCACCCCCAUCCGGGUCGGGGGGUCCCGGCUGCUGCCGCCUCCCUCCGAGGAGCAGACGGACGGGGAGAGCGAGGGGCUCUGCUCGCCCCCGACAUCCCCCUCCGGGUCCUACAUGACGGCCGAGGGGGGCAGCUGGGGGUCCUCCGGCACAGCCAGCACCUCCCCGUCCUGCUCCCCCAACCUGGUGGCCGAGGCCGAAGCACUGGCAGUGGCUGAAGCUGAGGCUGAAGGCAUGGUGGAGGUGGAAGCUCUGUCCCCCUGCCUGGAGCACCCCCCUGCCUUCACCCCGCCGUCUCCCGAGGAGGAGGAUGAGGAGGAAGAUGGACUUUUCGCCCUGCCCGGGGCUGAUGGUGGUGAUGGGCAGACGCUGGAGGACGAACAGGAGGAUGAGGAGUGGGACAUGGGGGGUGAGGGGCUGCCCGGUGCGGGCUUGAUCCCGGCGGCACUGCUGCCCUUCCGCGGCAGCCUGCUCUUCCAGGCUGAGGCGGUGGAGAUCACCCCGCUGCCCGCCGGCACAGCGCUGCUGCCCCUGACCGGCGAGGAGGAAGAGGAGGAUGAGGAUGAUGAGGAGGAAGAAGAAGAGGAGGAGGAGGAGGAAGGUGGCAGCACCUCGGCCUCCUUCCUGCGCUCGCUGUCAGAGACCUCCAUCACCGAAGGGGUGGAUGAGUCCUUCGCCUUCCGUGAUGACACCUCCGCCUCCUCUGACUCGGCCGCUUACGAUGGCGAGGAGGACGAGCGGCUCUAUGGCACCGAGCGCCACGCCAUGGGGGCCGAGGGGGCUCCCCCUGGCACCGUCACUGCGCACCCCGGCACCAGUGCUGCUGGGGACGGCGGCAUCGAGCUCCACCUUCACGCCGGGGUGGCCCCUGAUGGCAAUGGGUCACCAGAGGGGUCCCCGCAGCACAGCAGAGGUGAGGAGCCGGCGAGCGUGAUGCCCAGUGUGGAGGAUGCCAUCAGGGAGGACAUCAGUACCAUGGAGCCAGGGAUGCAGGAGCAGGAUGGCAGCGUGACCCCCCCAGCACCCUCUGGGGAAGGCAGCGUGCAGCCAGAUGGCGAGACCUUCCUCACGUCUUCCUCUUCCUCCUCAGAGCUGGAGGAAGCAUUAACUCUGGAGCACAACGUCCCAUGGGAGCCAAACCCUGUUCCCAGGGAGUGUCCCCCACCAGAACCCUCUCAGCUCCCAGAGGAACCAGCGGCAAUGCUGGGUGCUGAGGAGGAGCCAGUGGCAAAGGAUGAUUCCGUCAUGGCAGCACUGGGAGAGGGGCCCAGCAUGGAGCCAGGGGAGAGCAGCAGUGUCCUGCAGCCCCCGAGCCUCUGCUCCAGGGACCCCCAAACUGAUGGGGUGCAGCAGGAUGAUGUGGCACCAGCUAACGGGGAGCCCCAGGGUGGCCCUGGGAGUGAUGAUGAUGAUGGUGAUGAUGUUGGUGACAGUGACCAUGAGCUUGGCACUGUGAGAGUGGACAGCACCGAGCUGGCAGCCACUGAUGGCCAUGAUGAGCUGGACAGUCUGGCCACCAACCUGGUGACACCCAGCCCUCUAGAUGAGCCGGACACCGUGGCCACCAACCUGGUACCACUGGUGACACCCAGCCCACCGGGUGAGCCGGACACUGUGGCCACCAACCUGGUGCCACAGGUGACACCCAGCCUGCCAGAUGAGCCAGACACCAUGGCCGCCAACCUAGUGCCACUGGUGACACCCACCCCAUUGGAUGAACCAGAAACCAUGGCCACCAACCUGGUGCCACUGGUGACAGCCAGCCCAUUGGCUGAGCAGGACACUGUGGCCACCAACCUGGUACCACCGGUGACAGCCAGCCCAUUGGCUGAGCAGGACACUGUGGCCACCAACCUGGUACCACCGGUGACACCCAGCCUGCCGGAUGAGCCAGAGACCAUGGCCACUGAUCUGGUGCCAUCAGUGACACCCAGCCCGGUGCCACCAGUGACACCCAGCCCACUGGAUGAGCCAGAGCCCAUGGCCGCUGACCUGGUGCCAUUGGUGUUACCCAACCUACCAGAUGAGCCAGACACCGUAGCCACCAACCUGGUGCCGCUGGUGAUGCCUAUCCCACUGGAUGAGCCGGACACCAUGGCCACCAACCUGGUGUCACUGGUGACACCCAGCCUGCUGGAUGAGCCAGACGCUGCAGCCACUGACAUGGCACCAUCGGCGACACCAAUCCCACUGGAUGAACCGGACACCAUGGCCACCAACCUGGUGUCAUUGGUGACACCCAGCCUGCCGGAUGAGCCAGACACUGCAGCCACUGACAUGGCACCAUCGGUGACACCGAUCCCACUGGAUGAACCGGACACCAUGGCCACCAACCUGGUGUCGUUGGUGACACCCAGCCUGCCAGAUGAGCCAGACACUGCAGCCACUGACAUGGCACCAUUGGUGACACCGAUCCCACUGGAUGAACCGGACACCAUGGCCACCAACCUGGUGUCGUUGGUGACACCCAGCCUGCCGGAUGAGCCGGACACUGCAGCCACUGACAUGGUACCACUGGUGACACCGAUCCCACCAGAUGAGCUGGAUACUGUGGCCACUGACGUGGUGCCAUUGGUGACACCAGUCUCACUGGAUGAGCCGGACACCAUGGCCACCAGUCUGGCAUCACUGGUGACACCAUUCCCACCGGACGAGCCGGACACUGCAUCCACUCACCCUGACUGGGUGCCACCAGUGAUGCCCAGCGUUCUGGCACCAUCCUCCCCACCACAGGACAUGUCCCCCUGCGAUGCCAGUGAGGAUCCGGUGGAUGUGGCAGCCUCAGCCAACGCAUCCCUGGAGCCACCAGUGACCACGUGUCCCACGGCACAGGAGACAAUGGUGCAUCCCCCUGGGAGUACCAGCAGAGCCCCCGAGGAACGGGAUGCUCCCACUGCUUCCUCCGAGGAUUCCCCCCCGGAGCUGCUGGACACCUCCUGCUCCUGCACCGGCUCCAGCUCCUUCGCAGCUCCCGAGGACCACGCAGGAGAAGCAGCCUCCCCCCCCAGGCCCCCGUCUCCCAAGGAGGAUGCAGAGGAUGCUGCUGCCCGCCGCUGCUUGGCCCUCUGCCUGCCCACCUUGCCCCCUGCCGCCCCCCCGUUGCUCUUCACCGCUUCAGAGCGGGAGGUGUAUGUGGGGGCCCCCCUCGAACUGCUCCAAACACCCGGUGCCUUUUCAGAGAGCGGGGCGGGCUGGCAGUGCCGGGAGGACCGGCAGCGGGUCACUGCCAUGCUGCAGGGCUCCUUUGGGGAUCUGCCGGCCCCCCGCCUCCCCCCCAGGCCCACAGAGCCCCCCGAGGCAUCUGCAGAGCCCCUGGAGGGUCCCCUAAGUGAUGGGGCAACAGAGGAGCCCAUGACCCCUCUGCCUGGUGAUGCCCCCCCGGGCCAGACUGCUGGGGAAACCGAUGCCAAAGUCCUGGGGGAGAGCAGCCCCCCGAGUCCCCCCAGUGAGCCCCUGGCACCCCCCAGGCAGCAGGAGGAAGAGGAGAUGAUGGUGACAAUGGUGGGGACCCCAUCCAGCCCCCAGCCCGCUCUGGGUGCCAGCCAAGGGGGGGAUGCUCAGCCAGAGCCCUCCCCGGAGCCAGCCAGGGAUGCAGCCCCCCAACCCUGCCCCGAGCCCCCCAGCGUGCUGCCAGCCCCCUGCCCUCCGCUCCCCAAACUCAGCCAAGUGCCUCCUCUCGCCGCUGCCCCAUCGCCACCAUCGCCACGUCCCGACCCAGCCCGCGGCCCCCGGGACACCUCAUCAGGGCUCCCUGCCGGCGAGGAGCGUCUGUCUGUCCUGCUGCCCACCAGGAAGCACCUCGAGGCCCCUCAGCCCUCCCCGCCCAAGGAGAAGGAGGCCCGAGGCCGGCAGACAGGGCCGGGCAGCCGGGCUCCCCCCCGGGGGUCGCUGCAGUUGGAGUCGAGCUCCUCCAGCGAGGCAGAGGCUCCGUACCCCUGCCCCGAGAUCCAGCGCCUGCGGGAAGCCGCCGGCAUCGCCCUGCACCAGGACAAGCAGCCCCUGGCAUCCCGCCGCUGUGAGGCCAACCACAAAGGGUCCUGUAAUGAGUCGGAGAGCAACGAUGAGUCCAUCCCGGAGCUGGAGGAGCCUGAGGGCUCGGAGCCGCCACCAGCGCAGACACAGGCGCAGCUCACCCACUCACUGGGCACCGGGGAGGAGACAGUCAGCAAGGCAAAGCAGAGCCGGAGCGAGAAGAAGGCCAGGAAGGCCAUGUCCAAGCUGGGGCUGCGGCAGAUCCAUGGCGUCACCCGCAUCACCAUCCGCAAGUCCAAGAACAUCCUCUUUGUCAUCACCAAACCCGAUGUCUUCAAGAGCCCUGCGUCUGACAUCUACAUUGUCUUUGGAGAAGCUAAGAUUGAGGACCUGUCGCAGCAAGUGCACAAGGCGGCGGCAGAGAAGUUCAAGGUGCCGAUGGAGAACUCGCCACUGAUCACGGAGACGGCCCCGACCCUCACCAUCAAGGAGGAGAGCGAGGAGGAGGAGGAGGUGGAUGAGACGGGACUGGAAGUGAGGGACAUUGAGCUGGUGAUGGCCCAGGCCAAUGUCUCACGCCCCAAAGCCGUGCGGGCACUUCGGCACAACAACAAUGACAUUGUCAACGCCAUCAUGGAGCUGACCAUGUAGCGGCCGGCGCUGUCCUGGCCCCCCUGUAUAGAUGCACAGUUACUACCCCCUUUCUGCCAUCCUUCCUCUAUACACCCCCAUACUUCUCCUCUGCGUCCGUAUCGCUCAAUAAAUGGCCUCAUGUAUCACUUGGACUGCA